CCAUUGGUUGAGCCCACGGAAGUGACGGUCCGUGUGUGGAUUUUUACAGUUCUCUCUUCUCAGCUGUCUCCUCACUGACAGGAACAUUGGUCGCCAGAUAGGCACACUUGCAACCAUGAUGCUGAAGCAUUACUUUCUAGGCUUUCUCAUCAGGUCCCUCCUGGCCAGUGGAACAGAAACCUGGCCAGUCCAUGGAUCUCUGAAGCCUCAGAAGGUCCAAUUUCAGUCCAGAAAUUUCCACAACGUUUUGCACUGGCAGCCAGGGAGCUCCCUCACCGCCAAUGGCAGUGUCUACUUUGUGCAGUACAAAAUGUAUGGACAGAGACAAUGGAAAAAUAAAACGGACUGCUGGGGAACCACAGUGCUCUCUUGUGACCUGACCAAUGAAACCUUAGACCUGUAUGAGCCAUACUACGGGAGGGUGAAGACAGCCUGGGCUGGGAGGUACUCCGCCUGGAGCAGGACACCCCGCUUCACCCCGUGGUGGGAAACAAAGCUAGACCCUCCAGUCGUGACUGCAAUCCAAGGGAACGCAUCUUUGCUGGUCCUUCUCCGUACCCCAGAGCUGCCAUACAGAAACCAACAUGGAAAAAAUACAUCUAUGGAAAACUACUAUGACUUAGUAUACCGAGUUUUCAUAACUAACAAUUCACUGGCAAAGGAGCAAAAGGCCUAUGAAGGAACUCAGAGAACGGUUCGAAUUGAAGGUGUGACACCCCGGUCCAGUUACUGCAUAGCAGCUGAAAUAUAUCAGCCCAUGUUAGACAGAAAAAGCCCAAGAAGUGAGCGGAGAUGUGUGCAGAUUCCAUGAGCCGGUCUGAGGCGCUCUGCAGGGCAGAAUCCAUCUGAGGAUGGGAUGACUCCUGCCUGCAACAACCUGCUUAACGUCUGUUUCUAUUUUCUUAGAGCAAUGUCUACCAACACCUUUCAAGGGUUUCUCUGUCAACACUUCCUUUUCUGUUUCAGUUAUAAAGUAAAUUUGAACAGAUUCAAAAAUUAGAGUUUAAAGAAGAGAUAAAGAAUAAAGAGCUUGUGAUGGGUGUGUCUUUAAUCCCAGCAUUGGAGAGGCAGAGGCAAGCAGAUCUCUGACUUUGGAACCAGCCUGAUCUACAUGGAGAGUUCCAGGCUAGCCAAGGCUACACAGUGAAACCCUGCCUCAGUAAAAUAAGAUAAGAUAGUAAGGUAAAGAUCUUCUAUAAAACACAGAAGUUUAUUUCUGAAUAUAGCAAUCCUAACAAUAAUCGUUUUUUCUGUUAAAAUUGCAAAAUAAGAAUAAAGGAAUAAGAGGCAUUUAAUAAAAUGUUGCAAUAAUUUUUAAAUCAUUAUAAACAGGCAAUUCUGCAUCAAUAUUUUUCUGCU